AGUUGAAAUCUGUGGACUGUAGCUUUAUUUCUCAAGGCUCGUGUGCAGUGAAAUAUGAGUGCGGAAACCCAGGAUGUUCCGAUGGAAGAAUCACCUGCACCCGAAGUGCAAGUUUCCAAAAAUGACCCGCGAUUGAGGUCGAUUAAAAUCAAAACUGGAAGUGUGAAGCGCUUGCAUAAAGAUGUUCUGUACUAUCAAAAAGAGCUGGUUCAACAUACUGAGAAAGUCGAGAAGAUGAAAGCUGACGGUGCUCCGGCGAAAGAAGUUCUGCAUUGGGAAGAUAUGAAAAACGAAACGUCUCGGGUUAUUCCGGAUGUCACUCGUCGUCUGAAGGAAACUUUCGAAGAUUUGAAGAACGUGCUGCAGCAAGAAGACGAUCUCAAAGAAGAGGAAGUUUAUAAAGUGGCAGAAGCUGCUCUCAACGAAGCUGCGGGCACAAUUCAAGCUGUCUAAUCAAUUCUGCGCACGGUUUUGAUUCGAAACGAAAUGAUGUAACCAGCUUUUGCAUUUAUCUCGUGGCGUUCUCUAUUCCGUCCUUGUGAUGCUUGGUGUAAUUUUUUUUUUCUGAAUGAGCACUUGAUCUGUGUGGAUUGCUUCACCGUA